AUGAAUCAAAAAUGGGCUCAGGAUGGCGUAGCCGUUGCUGGAGGUCAUGACUUUGGCGCAGCCACCAAUCAGCUGAAGUAUCCUUAUGGUCUGUUUGUUGAUAAUGAUGAAGCAAUGGUCAUUGCUGACUCCAAUAAUCAUCGUAUCAUCCAAUGGAAAAUCGGUGAUACGAAUGGACAGAUCGUUGCUGGUGGUAAUGGGCAUGGAAAUCGAUUAAAUCAAUUAAAUCGACCAAUUGAUGUGGUAAUCGACAAAGAGACGAAUAGUCUCAUUAUUAAUGAUCGAGGAAAUUUUCGCAUAUUACGAUGGUCUCG